UCAUCUGCUAUGAGACUGAUGGGCAUUAAAACAGAUUAUAACUUGGCUGAAGACUGUGUGGAUGCGAUAGCUAAUUUUGUUAAAGGUAUUCUACCUGAGGAUAAUGUAGCUCCAGGUUCAUACUACGAGGUUCAAAAACUCGUAGCUGGGGUUGGUUUAUCUUAUCAGGUAAUAGAUGUAUGCAGCGAUAACUGCAUGAUUUAUUGGAGGGCGGAUGAUCAGCGGACUACAUGCAAAUUUUGUGGGAAGCCUCGUUAUAAAGAUACGAGUGGAAGAGUUCCAGUGCCAUAUAAAAGGAUGUGGUAUUUGCCUUUGACGGAAAGGUUGCAGAGGUUGUAUCUUUCAGAACGCACAGCGCAACGAAUGAGAUGGCAUGCGGAGCACUCAACAGAUGGUGAGAUUAGACAUCCCUCAGAUGCAAAAGCGUGGAAACAUUUCCAAUCCGGGAACGGGAUCAGCGGAUGGAUCAACAGUAUGAUGUACUCGUCCCUCGACAAUGGACAUCCGACUUUCACCGACUUCCCUCUCGAGAAGCAGCAUAUGUGGUUUCAACAGUUUGCGCAACAAUUCAACUGGAAUGCCGAUGAUACGUUGUUUAUCUAUUACCACUUCGUCCAUAAAGUUAUGGACAACUAUGGGAAGCAGAUGCACUCGUGGAAGAAGAAGUGGGAAAUAAACAAGGUUCCAAAGGGGAUGGACCCGACGGUCUGGCGGGAGUUGAGUGAGCAUUGGAGUAAGAACGAAGUCAGAGCAACUUCUUCCACCAACUCCACCAACCGCAAGAGCGACCGUAAGGGGAAGGGCAUGUACGUCCAUAACUUGGGUGCUCAGUCUUUAGCCAGUCUGGGAGAUCGCUUGGCGCAAGAAAAUGAGGGGGAGCCGGUUGAUCAUCUCCGCCUAAUAAAGACGGCGUAUACCAACAAGAAGACCGGCGAGAUUGAUGAUGGUGUUGUGAGGGAUGUGGUCACCCUCAUCGACAGUCAGAUGGAACAGGAAGUGUCUCAGCUUCAAACCGAGGAUGACGAUUCGACGGGAUCGACCGGCUUGCCUCGGGUUCGGAUCAACCAAAUCGUUGAAGCGUCGGUUCCAAAGAAGAAGGGCCGUUUGUUCGGUUUGGCUCGUCGGUCUCCCUCGGUUCCGUCUGCUUCUGCACCACCACCGUCCUAUGUUGAUCAAGAAGUCCUUCUGAGCCAGAUGAGGGACAAGGAUGCUCGCAUAUCUGCGCUGGAGUCCAUGGUGGCGAGUCAAGAGGCGGGCUGGGAGGCACAGAGGAAGCUGAACGAGCAAAUGAUGGCGAUGAUGAGGAGCAUGAACCCGAACGCCAACGUCGACUUCCCGAACAUGCCAGACCCGGACUUCCAAACCCCGUAG